CCGCAGCUCCGCCUCCGUCUGCUCCAGUUACUGGGGCGUCUUCGGGGUUUCUUCCUGGAGGCGGAGACACUCAUCACGUGAGCACCAAGCAGCUGAGCUGGCAGAGAGAGAAAUAAUUUCCAUUUUGAAUGUUAUACCAAACUGACCAAAUGAGCAGCUGGGCAUUUUGGGCAGUAGUGUGUUGCUUCAGCAUCACCAUCGGAGUACCUGCCAUCAGUUGUCACAAAGAGCAAGUUUCCAAUUCAGAUGAUUGGAAAAGGCCCAAUAUCACAGCUGACCUUCCAUGGGAUCGGUCCACAGUUAUCGUGGGAAAGCAUAGCAGCACAAGACAAGCAUCUGGGAGGAAUGAAAGUCAUUUGGCAUUUGGAUUCACUGCCUGUGCUGUUUCAGUCGUGCUUUUUGGGAGCAAUUUUGUUCCUGUGAAGAAAUUUGAUACCGGCGAUGGGAUGUUUUUCCAGUGGAUUCUUUGUGCAGCAAUAUGGAUUGUAUCUCUGGCUGUGAAUUUAAUAUUGAAAUGCCCUAAAUUCUGGCCCCUUGCUAUGUUAGGCGGUUGUGUAUGGGCCACUGGAAAUGUUACUGUUGUUCCAAUUCUGAAAACGAUUGGCUUAGGUCUUGGAGUUUUAAUCUGGGCUGCAUUUAACCUCCUGAUGGGAUGGGCAAGUUCUAGAUUUGGCUGGUUUGGCAUUGACCCUGAAGAGGUAGCAAAACCUUGGUUAAACUACACUGGAGCAGCUCUGUCUUUCAUGAGUGCCAUCAUAUUUUUCUUUGUCAAGAGUGACAUAAAUGCUGCAAACAGUUCCGAAUCAACACUUCCAUUACUGAUUGACAGUAAUAUAAACACUGGUGGAGAAGCGACCUUGUCAGAUGAAUCCUGGGUGGACAAGCUUAGUCCACUAAAGAAAAGGCUUGUAGGAUCAUUCCUUGCAGUGAUUGCAGGGCUAUUGUAUGGUUCCAGCUUUGUGCCAGUGAUUUAUAUCAAGAACCAUGCUUUGAAGAAUGAAACGGAAUAUGAAAAUGCAAGCCAGUUUGAUCUGGACUAUGUAUUUGCACAUUUUAGCGGUAUAUUUCUCACGAGUACAGUCUACUUUUUGAUAUAUUGUGCAAUCAUGAAGAACAAGCCAAAGGUUUACCCAAAAGCAAUACUACCAGGCUUUGCUUCAGGUGUGAUGUGGGCGAUCGCCAACUGCUGCUGGUUCCUAGCAAAUGAUUUCCUCAGCGCGGUUGUUAGUUUUCCUAUAAUCACUGCUGUACCAGGCUUCAUUGCUGCUUUAUGGGGAGUGCUUAUGUUCAAAGAAAUAAAAGGACUGAGGAACUAUAUUAUUCUUGGCGUAGCAUUCUGCACUAUAUCAGCAGGAGCAUUAGCAACUGGCUUUUCCAAGGUGUGACUAAUGCAGUUACAGAAAAUAAACCAGAAGAUGGCAUCAAUGUGAAGUUAUUUGCAAUGAUAUUAAAAUUGGAACAGUUUGUAUCAAAGUACUGCUUUUGAUGUACACAGUGUCUCAGCCACUGUGCAGUGCCUUGGAACAACUGUUUGUAAGUCAGCCAUAAGGCUGCAGAAUUUUUGAUUCAAAUCCUUUUAUUAUUCUCUAAGUAAUUGUUAAUUUUGAAAUGUUAAAUGUUUAUUGACCUUAGUACAGUUGUUCUCAUUCAGAAAUAGAACUACUGCAAGAGGUAUUAUACUUGGGAGCAGAAUUACUGUAAACUAAGAUAAGAAUUCCUAAUUAACAAAUAUGAAAUUUUUGAUUCAAUAACAGACUAAACAAGGACACCUGGAAGUGAUUAAUAUUUUGUUUGUUUCAAAAAAAGUUGUUUCAGCCUUGGCUCUUUGGAGAAUUCUCACCUCUGAGUUUGAAGUUGUGGGUUCAAGCUCCACUCAGAAAAUUGAGCACAUACAAUUAGGAUGACACUUCAGUACAGCAUUGAAGCUGUAUUGCCACUGCCUUGAGUUCUUUCUUCCUGCUGGCUAAUAUUUAUCGAUCAGUAAGGCCACUGAAACGGAUUAUCUGGUCAUUGUGCAUUGUGCACAAAUAGCCAAAGCAGCCAUGGACUUUAAGUGCUAUUUAAAUUCAAGUUCAUUCUUUCUUAACACAAAACAGAUUCCUAAAUCCCGUUGUCUUUUGAUGAAUUGUAGUGUAUUAGCUGUAUCAAUCGACUCAACUGCUUAUCAAUCAGCAGAUAUGACUGGACUUUAUUGAGCACGAUCGAUUCUUAUUCACUCCUUUCUCAGGUUCGACAGCCUCAGGCUUCUAUUUGAUCCUAAGCUGAACAUCUGACUGAAUAUCCUCUCCUACUUCUACUUCAGUAACAUUCCCCAAGACCACCCUUGCUUCAUUCCAUCUGCUACUAAAACUUAUCCGGGACUUUGUCACACCCAGACUCAUUUACUCCAUAACCCACCUGGCUUGUCACCCAUCCUCCAACCUCCAUAAAUUUCAGCCAAUCCAAAAUUUUGCUGCCUGUAUCCUAUUCCACACCAAGUCCUCCCCACUAUCACCCCAUUACUCAUUGACCUACAUUGAUUCCUAAUUCCCCGUGCCUCAAAUUUAACAUUCCUAUCUUUGUGUUUAAACCCCUUCAUGAAUUUACUCCCUGUGUCAAACUCUACAGCCCUCAAGAACAUUGGGUUCCUCCCACUCUGGCUUUUUGGUUCACCCCUCAGUCCUUGCUUCCCCAUUAUUGGCAUAUAAGCAUUCUGGAGUUCCUUCCCUCCCUAGUCACCCUUCCUAAUCUGUACUUGUUGGGUUGAGCAUCAAUCUUUGUCUGAUUUAUGCUUCUGUGUAGUGCCUUUUUUAUGUUAAAAGUGCUAUAUAAAUGUGUUUUUAUUAAUGUAUUAAUUAUUCUAAUUUAAUAAAUGAGGGAUAAUUUUAGGUAAUUUUGUAGCAGGUUAUCUUCUAAGAAUGUUUUAAUAAUAUGUUGAGAAUUAUUAAUGUGAUUAUUUUCUGUCUCAAAAUUGGUGCUCUUCCUGUUAACUAACCAGAUCUACUUUGCAUAAAUGAUAAGAACAGAUUGAAUGCAAAUAGUGAGAUUUAUUUACUCUCGGUAAAAAUGUCCAUCUCCCUUUGGGGUUUUACCACAACCACAAAGACAAAUUUUGAGCUUAAUUGAACCACCUGCAUGGAACAUUUCUUCAGUCAGCAAAACCCAAUUAAAAAUGGGGUGACUUUGAGUCCAUGCUACUGGUGGGAGCUUCAUUCACCAACAGCCCAAAUCAGAAAUUCAGACAUGCAUUACCUGCAAUUUACUAAUUAUUCAUUUUACAGGUUAGAAAAUGGUGGGCAAUAUCCAUAUUUCUGAUAUGCAUGACCGGCAGGUGAGACUCCCACCAGCAGUAUGGCCCUAAUGUGUUUAAUAUUUUGCUGCCAGCACAAAGGAAAUCUUUCUCCUAACUCUGAAAUACUGUCUUCCAGCUACAAUCAAAAGUUAGCAAUUGGAUUGGGCAUGGAUUUGAAUAUUUCGCAACUUACAAAUCAGUCUGGGACAGCUCAGAUAUAAAUGUUGAGACAUCACUUUCAGAUAGAUCAUGUUGACCUGAACUGUUGGAAGCACACAGAGACAGGAGUGUUGGGUGCCUGAAACUAUAAAGUGGGAUUAAGUCCAUCAUUAAGAAACUGGAUUCUGAAAUGGAUAUUAGCCAGUUAGAGUUUAUAGCCCUGAUGUACUUUGGCGGAUUAUAGAUACUAAAUUUGUGAAGAAAAGAUUAAAAAUUAAAAUAAGGUGCUAGAAGUACACAAAAUGACAAACAUCAGAAAAGAUGCACUAAUAAUUUGGAUAUGAGCUCUUUGAGUUCUGAUGAAGGGUUUUUUCCCAGCUUUGCAGUUUUGUCUUUUUAUUGCCAAUACAAAGUGAAAUGGUGAUAUUCAUAGUUUUGAAAGUGUUCACAGAAAAAAUACGUUACCACAAAAUAUCAAAAUGAUCCUGUUUGCAUUGUUUUUAUAAUAAAAACUUACUUGUUCUACACCUA